AUGGGGGCAGGACACACGGAAGCCCACACACCCUCCAUCUCAAAUAUGCUGCUGCUGCCGCUGGUGCUGCCCUUGCUGUGGGCAGGUGAGUGGGCCCAGGGGAAGAGGUACUGGCUGCAAGUUCAGGAGUCCCUGACAGUGCAGGAGGGCCUAUGUAUCUCUGUGCCCUGCAAUUUCUUCUACCCCAAGAAUGGCUGGGCUGACUCUGACCCUGUUCAUGGCUACUGGUUCCGGGAAGGGGCCUCUACGUCCCAGGAUGCUCCAGUGGCCACAAACAACCCACAUCGUAAAGUACAGGAGGGGACCCAGGACCGAUUCUGCCUCCUUGGAAACCCCCUGGAAUAUGACUGCUCCCUGGAGAUCAAAGAUGCACAGAGAAGGGACUCGGGGACAUACUUCUUCAGGGUGGAGAGAGGGUCUUAUGUGAGAUAUAAUUACCUACAGAACCAGCUCUCCGUGCAUGUGACGGCUCUGACAAAGACACCUGACAUCCACAUCCAAGAGCCCCUAGAACCUGGCCGCCCCAAGAACAUUACCUGUAGCGUGCUGUGGGUCUGUAAGAGGGGAACACGCCCCACAUUCUCCUGGAUCGGGGUUGCCCUCACCUCCUGGGGCUCCAAGAGUCGCUAUGCCUCUGUGCUCACCCUCACACCAAGGCCCCAGGACCACGGCACCAACCUUACCUGUCAAGUGAACUUCCCUGGAGCUGGUGUGAGCACAGAGAGGACCAUCCAGCUAAACGUGUCUUAUGCUCCACACAACCUGACCAUCCUCAUCUUCAGGGGAAACAGCACAGUACCAGAGGCCCUGGGCAAUGCCACCUCUCUGCGAGUUCAGAAGGGCCAGUCUCUGCGCCUGGUCUGUGAUACUGACCACAAGUUCCCUGUGAUGCUGAGCUGGUCCCGAGGAAGCCUGACCCUAAGCCCCUCCAAGCCCUCGGAUCCCAGGGUCCUGGAGCUGCCCCGGCUGGUCCUGGGCGAUGAAAGAGAAUUCACCUGCCGAGCUCAGCACUUGUGGAACUCCUACCACGUCUCCCUGAACCUAGUUAUGCAGGGUACCUCCAGUUCCUGCCCCCAGAACUCAGGGGAGCAGGGGGGAACCUGGCCUCUGGUCCUCACCCUGAUCAGAGGGGCCCUCAUGGGGGCUGGCUUCCUUUCCACCUAUGGCCUCACCUGGAUCUACUAUACCAGCACCAGCACCACCAGCUGCACCGGCCCUGGUGCCCGGGGCUCCGCGGGGGUCCUCAGCGCUUCGGAGGUGGCGCGCCUCCUGGCGGCGGCGCCCUGA